UCUGUGGAUGAGCCAGCGCCCAGUACGAGCCGAAUAUUUCCAGAAAACGGCUCAGACUGGACUCUUCUGUUUCUACGUUCAGUCUUGGAUGUUUGUAAAAUGUCCGGGUUUCAGGAUCUUUCAGAUGUCCAGCACCUCAUGGUGAAAGAAGAAGAAGUUCUCUUUGAGCAGCAGGAAAGGAGUUCCAGUCUGAACCAGGAGGAACCACCAGGAGCAGCACACAUUAAAGAGGAACCAGAGGAAAUAUGGAGCUGUCAGGAGAGGGAGCGGAUUCAAGGAGCAAAGGACGCUGACACCACAUUUACUCCUCUGACUGUGAAGAGUGAAAAAGAAAGCAGCCACCAGCCUUGGCAGGAGAAUGGCUGUAACUCUAUGACAGUUUUCCCAGUCAUCAUAAAUUCUGAUAUUCAGAAAGUGGUGGUGAAAGAAGAAGUUCUUCCUGAGCAGGAGAGGAGCUCCAGUCUAAACCAGGAGCGACCAAUGGAACUAGCACACAUUAAAGAGGAACAGGAGGAACUGUGGAGCUGUCAAGAGAGAGAACAGCUUCAAGGAGCAGAGCAGGUCACUUUUGCUGUGAAGAGAGAAGAUAAGGAUGGAGAGGAACCUCAGUCAUCACAGCGUCAUGAAAACCAAAGUGAAGAGAACAGAGACGCAGAGUAUUUGAAAACAGAAUCUGAUGGAGAGGACUUCAGAGGAUCAGAGGCAGACAAAGACUAUACUCCUGAUGAGACUUCUCACCUUUCUGGCUCAGAUACUGAUGACAGUGAUGAUUGGGAGGAUAGUGAUGAACUGCAGCAACAACAGCAGAAACAGGAAGGAACCCCGAAAGCUGACAAACGGUUUUGCUGCUCAGUUUGUGGUAAAAGAUUCCCAAGAAUUGGACACUUAAAAAGUCACUCUUUUGUCCAUACAGGUGAGAAACCAUUUAGUUGCUCAAUAUGUGGAAAGAAGUACCCAAGUGAGAAACAUUUAGAAAAACACAUGCUGCAUCAUUCAGGAGAAAAACGUUUUAAUUGCUCAGUUUGUGAGAAAAGUUUUAUGUGGAGGGCAGAUAUGGAGACGCACAUGAGAGUCCACUCAGGUGAGAAACCGUUCAGUUGUGCAGUUUGUGGUAAAAGUUUUACACAAAGUGGAUCUCUAAAAAGACAUUCGUUGGUCCACACAGGGGAGAAACCAUUUAGUUGUCGCAUUUGUGAUAAAAGAUUCACUCAGUUUCAUAAUGUCAAAAAACACAAGUGUUUUAGGAGCAGCAAAAACAGAAGAAUACUCCCCAAAUCUGACAUUAAGAGUUAAAAGGUAAGCCCAACAUUUGCUGCUUUAAAUGUUUUCUGAAAAUGAUAUAACUUGACUCUUAUGAUAGGAUUUUUUUGUUGUAGUUAUUGGGCACAUCGACAGUUUAACAAUUAUUUUAUUCAGUGUUGAACUUUGAUUUGAACAUUUGAACAAAGUUACUUAAGGAUGUGUUAAUUCCAAGCAUGUCCUCAUUGAGCUUUCAGAUACCACAUAUUUGUUAUUGAAAUUGUUUAUUUCAGUAAUAUUUUGAAAUUUUCCAUCCAUAAUUUGUGAUCAGUUUUUCAAUUUGAUUAACUGACUUUGUUUGAUAACCAAUAUGAAAUGAGAGGAAAAGCAUGGCUAAUCCGUUCCUAUACAGUAGGGAUCAAUAUGUUAAGAGCAACUAUUUGAAACUCAAAACUGCUGAAGGUACAGUGGGGAGUCCCCCAGGGAUCUGUCCUGGAGCCAUUUUUUUUUUCUCUACAUUGACCGUAUAUCUGUCAGAUUUAGCUGGACUGAAAUAAUGAUCUCUCCUUAAGAGCUAUAUUUUUUUGGUCCUGCAUCUCUAAUUGAUCUAUGGUUACAGAGAUAUGCACAGAAGCAGAAGUAUUAAUUCACUUGAACUUUACUGAAACUCAGUAUGAAAUGAAACAGCUUACCUUUUACACAAAAAUGUAUCCGUACAGAAUCCUCAAUAGUCAUGAUAACAAACAUUUAUGAGUCCUUAUAUUACAAAACUGGUAUAAAUCAAACAAGUUAUAACCAUAAUGUGUAUUUACGUGAGCAUGUUAUAUUCACAAGCAUUUGCUUAUUAUCAAAAUUAUUUGAUUCAGGUUUGAAUUAUGUUGAUUAGUGCCAUGUGUAAUGCUGUUUUAUAAUUGUUGCCUUUGUAAUAGCCUGUAUUAUAGGGUAACAUUAUUAAUGCCACAGCUUUUAAUCAUUUGAGCCCAUUUUUCCUUAAAAUGGGAAGGAGAUAAGUUUGUAACUUUACCCUACAUCUUUAUUCAACAGAAA